AAGGGGCGUUGUUUCUAUGAAUUCUUGGCGGGAAAUCGGGGCAAAGAGCCCUCGCCCGGGCAAUUUGUUGUGACGUGCAUAUUCGCAUAUCAUGAGAUCGAGCACUGGCCUGGUGCAUAUUCACAUCUACAAUGGACAAGAUUUGUGAUGGAAAACAUGGAGUAUGAUGCACUGGCGCAGGCACAAGCGUCAGAGGAAGGAUUAAUCUUACCUACCCUGCCAGCAGAGGCCUUGCCUAUAUUUACUGCAGUCAAGCGAGUCGAGGGAGAUAGACUAGCCAAAGAAUCAGCGAGGACGGGUAAAUCGAUCAGAGAGCUUACGGCUUAUGAUUUCGAGCGAUAUCAAGUUAGAACCCAAGGUCUCGAUGCCGUGACUGAUCCUCCAACCUCGGGAUUGCUUCAGCCUGCUCGUGGCGAGCCACGUCACGUAGAAGAACUCUCCUCAGCAGAAGAACUCACCAAUACUGCCGUCCAUCAGUUUCAUGUUUUCCAAACGCUAUCCGAAUUUUCCCCCUUCCCAACAAGCCCAAGCCUUCACCUUCUCCAACCGUUCAACGGCCGCCUGAGCCGCUGCCAGUUACUCGAAGCGCCCCUUAACUACCGACUCUUUCGGCACAUAUGCGAAGCGCACGCAGUAUGGACGACACGACUAGUCAAGAACCAUCACCGCCUCAUGCUUCGGAUCAUCUUUGCGUCCCCCGAGUCGACAUCUGAUUCGUGGCAUUACUGUUUCAAUCUCGCGAGGCAGACGAUCCACGAUUUCGCCGAACAUGCCUUCCAAACUUGGCAACUACAUAAUCCCGACGUCCCAUUCGAUGAGAAGAAACAUUUCCCGAACUGGUUGAGGAAGCAGUACGAAUAUCUCCUCGCCACGAUUCAGGCUAGAGACCCCAUCCCGACCAAUCUACCCGCGAAAUCCGCUAGAUCUCUGACCGUGAAGCAAAUGCUCGUCGCCAUGCACCGCCAGCAAACUGUGUUGAUGAAUUGGUCGGUGGAGAUAAGCGCUCGGGCUGGUGAGCGGUGUGGGAAUCGGUAUCGCCAUGAGCCAGACAACGUCUUGGAUCUGUGGACCGGAGAGGUC